GCGUUUCUGGCAGAGAAAAGAGCAAAUACAAGAAUCGCCGGGGUUUUGGCCGUCAUCUGUGCGUUUAUAAAUGAAAUCUUGCAGGCGCCUAAAAUCUGUGUUUUCUGCCAUCUCGAGGGGUUUAAGAUCUAGGACAUUUCUGGUAAUUGUACUGCAGAUAAUCAUUGAAUGUGGCAUCGCGGCUCUCUGACGCUACUCUGUAGUUCUUGUCGUUACGUAAUCAGAAAGUGGCACGUGCCCAUCCUAGGGGUAGACUGCAAUGCCAAUCCGCGUCAUAAACAGUCGCUAUCAAAUCCGCCACCACGUUCCAGGGGGAUACCAAAGCAUUUGACGCCUUUUAUAUUCGGAAAACAGUACCAGCGCCAUCCAACCUGGCGUAUUGAUAAUACAUUCCUGUCCACAGCAGCCGCAAAGUAUCGCCGUACAGUACGCAGAAAUGGGUAAAGAUGAAAAGAGGAAGAGGGAACCUCCAAAGGAGACUGAGGAGGAAUCGGAUGCGUCCAAAAAGACGGGGAAAAAGUCAUUCUCAGUAUCCCUGGUUCAGGCCCUGCUGACCUGUGACAAGAAGCUGCUGGAGAAGCUACUCUCUACCACCGAUUCGUCUUCAAUUGAGGAUACAGUGGCCGAACUCACGCCGCCGCUUGUGCUCUCUCUGAUAGAGUUCAUCUCCUCAAACUUGAUAAAGUCCCCCAACCAACUCUACUCCAGGGAAGGAUGGAUAAACGCCCUGCUGAGGCGACACUGCUACUUUUUUGCAAACAAUACUCAGGGUAAAGAGGCUCUUUUGAAGUUGAAUAGACACAUACACCUGAGACUGGCGACGAACAAGGCGCUUUUACGUCUCAAGGGGAAGGUAGAUAGCGUUGUCUACCUCUCGAGUUUGCACGCAAAGAAGCGUAAUAUAGAGUCUAUCGAACGCAAAAAUGCACAGGAGGCACUAGUAGUCUUUAACGAAGACGCUCCUGAUAAUUUGUGA